AUGUGGGGCCGCCUUGCGAAUCCGUCGGUGCGCACACGCCGACUCGCCACCUCGUCGUUCUUCAUCGCCACCUUCGCCGCCGCCUUCCUCACCGUCUCGCUCUCGGCCUCCACCAUCCUGCCGUGCCCGGCGUCGCGCGCGCCCACACGAGCCACCAUGGCCGAAGAAUCCGACCGCGAAAAACCGCGCUCCGCCGUCGGCCAGAAGGUCGUCCUCACCAGGAAGGGCGGCUGGAUCGAAGUCGAACAGCCCGUCAAAGCAUAG